UUUUGGCGAUCCCAGGGAAGGUUUGGCGCUGAAGAUGGCAGACCUUGUAACCCAGUUUUCGGCCACCGAGGAGGUGGAUUUUCUGUGAGAAUAUUUGUUUACCGAAGAUGAUCUCGAGAACUGGGUGCUGGUCAUGAGCACAUUCGUUAAGUUAUGCCGUCAAGAUGAUGAAAUGGAAGGUCGUCAAGAACCCUCGUUCUGCAUCCGCGGACCGGUCACUGGAAUGCUUAAAAACAGAAGCUCCCACUUCACCACAGACUGACUCGAACAACAACAGCGAGCAAGAUGUCAUCACGUCGAAGGAAAACAAUAAGCAGGGGCAUCAGGAUCGGAAGCCAUCGAAAGUGGCGUCGGAUUGCAUCAACUUGAAGAGUUUCCUGGGGUUGAGUCGGCAGCGCAGCGAGAGCAACCUCAGCUGCCUGGGCUUGAUCAGCACGGAGCCGCGGCGGAGCAGGUCCGAAGUGCGGGGCUCCAGCUGCGAUCGGCUCACCAUUGGGUACCACACCACGCCGCUCAAGAGCGUCGAGAACAGGAACUUCGCAGACACAGAGAAAGGUUUUAAAUUAGAAAACAAUUCAAAGACACGAUGUUCCAGUCCUCCCAGGAAAUCGAGCUGUUGGUUGAGGGGCCGUAAACGAGAGCGUGAAACCAAAGGAAAUGCAGAUGGACUUGGGAAAACUGUUGUAACUGGGAGUAACAAAAAACUGGGUUCGAAGUCAAAGACUUGUUCAAGUUCAUCGGUAACAAUUGUGGAUGGCUCAGACAACAAAGAGAAGACUAAAGUAUGUUCAUCAAAUAAUAUUCGCAGGAGCAAAUUCGGAAAAAAACUUUUUGAUGGUGAAGUUAUUGUAGAAGACGUUAUUUAUUCCGAUAUAGAUCAUGAGAACUCUCGUACGCCGCUUUUAGAUGACAAUAAACGCGAAACUUUCAAAGAGUCAAAUAAAGUUAUUCGGAAAAAAGGGCAAGCACCAAAGCCUCAAAUCACUACUUCCCUAUUUAAGGAAGACGGUAGUGCAGCGAUCACAGCUUUGAAUGGCAAGAAAACUGACCAAGUUAAUAGAGAGCUAAAAACAUCGCCGUGUUCGAAACCACCUAGAAAAAGUCUAACAUUCAACGGUCGAAACCAAGACAAAAAAACUGAAACUACGAACGCUCAAACUGUGAGAUACAACAACUUUAGAAAUUCCGAUAAAUCGUUUUGUACUGACCAGAGUCAGGCAAACAACCAUCUAAUAGCUAUUGCUGAAGUUCACAAAAAUUCCCAGAAUGGUGGCAUAUACAAAUCCGUCGAUACAUCAGCUAAUAAUACAAGUGACACUCUGGAAAAAGAUUUGCAAGCUAAAUUAAACUAUAGUUCAUGUGACAAUGAAGAAUUCUUUUCGGAGAAAGAAAAAAUCGACGAAUUAAGAAGAGAAUCGGCGCCAUUUUACAUCGAUACUCCAGAUUAUUCCACUCUAGAAUCAGAGGUUGGAGACAAUUCUCAUGCAGCAUUAAACCUCAACAAAUGCACUCCUAAUGUGCGCGACCAUUGCGAAGGCAAUGACCAAACCAAAGUUGAGCACGAGACGCCAUCGAACGACAAUACUAAAACGCCUCGAGUUAAUUCCUUAUCCAGCAUUCUUCGCGACAGCACUGGAGAACCAAGGAGUUCUGAAAGCGAGCCUAAAAAGAGCGUGAGGUUUGAAAAAAUGGAUUUAAUUGAACAAUACAAAAAAUACAAAGCAGACAACUCCAUAGAAACGGAAGACGACAGUGAAGUGUCACACUUGGAAAACACUCUUUCUGAAAGCGAAUUCGACACCAGCAGCAACGAGGCAGCCGAAAAUAAACCAAAGGCACAAAACCUCGAUGCUAUCGAAAGCGAUUUCGAACCUGCAAACUCGACUUCCAGAUCUCCUACACCAUCUCCGACUGAGAAGUUCUGCAAUGGGAUGAUGGUUAACGUCUUGGUGAGGAAUGCCACGCCCGAAGUCAACCAAGAGACUUCCCAAAUCGAUGCUGCGCCGCAAUUCGUGGUCAAGAAAAGCUUCGUUCUGACCAUCGCGAAGCAGGAGAGGGGCUUCAGGAGCCUGUGUGCGAACAAGAAGCCGGACCAUUGUUCGACAGAGAAUCUGAAGGAAGAUCCACACAUCUCGGUGACGUUCCUUUGUUCCACCGAACCUCAUUCCGAGGCUUGGCUCGAACAAGGGCCCCCGGGAAACACCACCCUCCGGUUGAGGUCUCUCAGUGUGCCGCCCCAAGCCGAACCAAACUCUGAAGUGGCUCCCAGCCCGGUUCCCGCCAGGAGUAGGUCCCGGGAAAGGAGGUGCAAAGACAGACAGCACUGCAAGAAGAAUCAUAAAGUGAAGAAAAAAGAUGCAGUGUUCCACAUGCCGCAGGCCGUCAUCGACGAGCUGUCCCAAGUCCUAGAGAAGAGGAAGCCUUCACUGGAUGAGAUUGCCUCAUGACGUCAUCCACGGACACGAAAGAAUGAAGGGUUCCUCUUCAUAUUUGUUGCAGUUGUCCAUCCGAACGGUUUCGAACCGGAAACCAUGAAGAGAUGAAAUACGCUGCUGCGGGGAUCAAGCUGACAAACAGGAGAACUAUGUAUAAGCGUUUGUGAUGUUGUGUCUAA